CACAUUUGUUGGAGGCGUAUUUAGUAACGUUUGGCCAGUUGUAGCUCCUGACCACAAUGUUACUGAGUAUAAAGUUUAAAUUAUGUGCCAGUACAUAUUAAGUCAAAUAAUUCAUUGACUAUAGAUUCCAGUUUUGUUAAUUAAAACAAGCAAGAUGUCGCUAUCAAAACGGGAAUAUGAGGACUACAAGGCAGCCGUGGAUAAGAUGGUGUAUAAAUAUGUGGCACGUGAUAGGUCAAGCGUUGUGUCUGCCAUCACACAUGCAGUUGAUUCGGGAUGUGACAAGAGAAAAGUUGAAGACAAGCUGAUGGGAUAUGUUGAUAAAAGCAUGGCAUAUAAAUUGGCUGAAAAGGCCUUUUUACUGUUGGAAGACAUAGGAACAAAAGUUAAAAGCACAUCAUCUAGAAAACGCACACAUAAAGAAGACAAUGAUCGUGAAAAGGAUAGUAAGAGGGCAAGGGUUAAAGAUGAAAAGGAACCAGUACCAAAUAUUAAAGCGUCUCAGCCACCAUCAUCAGGGCCAAACAACACUGUUAGCCCUGGACAAAUUCAGGCUCAACAAAUUAAGGAUAUUAUGGCCAAAGCCCAGGCUGUAAUAGAAGAAAGAAAAAAGGCUAUGGCCAACCUUCAAACUACGGAGUCAAAGCCAACCACUAAUGGUGCAGCUGUGCCUUUAAUAUCCCAACCUUCACCAGUUGUAAUAGCAUCAGCUGGAUCAGGUGGUGGUGAUGUGACCUCACGUAUUGCUGAGCUUCAGGCCCGCAUUCAGGCUCAACUAGGAAAUGCCACUGCCUUAGGAAUAUCUAGCUUGCAGAUGGGGGCAGCACUGGGCACAACUGUUGCAUCAACAGCUAAACCUCUAGGAGAACAGAGCAAACCAACUCCACUCAUUUUGGAUGCUGAGGGACGAACUGUUGACCAAAGUGGAAAAGAAGUGCACUUAACUCAACGGAUUCCUACAUUGAAGGCCAACAUUCGAGCCAAAAAACGGGAAGAAUUUAAACAGCAAUUGCAAGAAAAACCCAUCGAGGACACUGCUGAGAGUAACUUCUUUGAUGCACGAGUCAGUAUUCGUCCAUCUCUGAGAGUCAAGAGGCCUUUUAAGUUCCAUGACCAGGGCAAGUUUAUUCAACUUGCUCAGAGAGAAAGAGCAAAGGCUCGGUUAGAGAAACUGCAAAAUGAGAUUUCACAAGUUGCAAAGAAAACUGGCAUUUCUUCAGCAGCCAAACUGGCACAACUAGAACAGAGAGAAAUGAAGAGUGUUUGUGAUGACUCCCCUGAUAUUGAGUGGUGGGAUGCCAUUAUCCUUCAAGGAAAUAGAUAUCCAGAAGAGGGGGAACCAGUUAAGGUGAAAGAUGACUGUAUAACAAGACUAAUUGAACAUCCUCUAGAAAUGAGAUGCCCAUCAGAUCCCUUGAAACCAGUGACUCUUGAAGUCCUUCUUACUAAGCAGGAGCGUAAAAAGCUGCGUCGCAUGAAUAGACGAGAAACUUGGAAAGAAAAACAGGAAAAGAUUCGUUUAGGAUUGGAACCUCCCCCAGAACCUAAGGUACGAAUGGCUAAUUUAAUGAGGGUUUUAGGAACUGAAGCUGUCUUAGAUCCAACUAAGAUGGAGAAGCACGUGCGUGAACAGAUGGCUAAAAGACUUAAAGCCCACCAGGAUGCUAAUGCUGCCCGAAAACUCACACCUGAACAACUAAGAGACAAAAAAGUUCGUAAAGUCAAGGAGGACACAUCAACAGGGGUUCAUGUCACAGUGUAUAAAGUUACAGAUUUCUCCAAUGGUUCACACAAGUUCAAGGUUGAAACAAAUGCAAAGCAACUCUUCCUGACUGGCACUGUAGUACUGUUCAAGGAUAUUAAUGUUGUGGUAGUUGAGGGAGGCCCAAAACAGCAGAAGAAAUAUAAACGAUUAAUGAUGGAACGUAUCAAAUGGGCAGAAGAAUCACGGUCCAAAGAUGCAGAUAUAGAAUCAAAAUGUCAGCUAGUUUGGGAAGGAACUACAUCAGAAAGAAGCUUUGGUGAGAUGCUGUUUAAGGCAUGUCCCACAGAAUCCUUUGCAAGAGAUCAUUUUAAAAAGCAUGGUGUAGAACAAUACUGGGAUUUAGCAUAUGGAAAGAAAAUUCUUGAAGAAGCUGAUAGUGGUAAUUGAAAUUGUGAUAAAUGGAAGAGCAUAAGCAAGUGAACUAAGAAAAAAAAGAAGCUAAUAUGGUUAUUGCCAAAACAGCAGCAAAUUUUAACAUUGAAAUUGAGGUCUGCACAAAUUGUUUUGGCUUAAUUUUCAACAUUACAUAAUGUUAGCAAUACAUUUUUCUACAGACAUUCAUAUCUUCCCUAUAGAGUACUGUAGUUACAAUUAAAAUACCAAAAAUGUCAUGACGACAAUAAAAGUUAACAUAUGCAAAAAAUUAUCAGGUUAUAGGUAUUGCAAAAUUAAGUUCUGUACUGUACUUCCAAGGUGAUGACACUUAUGAUAUGUAUUGAUAAAAGCAUGGUGACAGUGUACAUUCUUAGUGAUUGUGGUGCGUGUCAUAACAACAUCUAAAGUUAUUCACGGGCAGUGUGUGUGAGAGAACAUUACUAAGAAUGACUUUUCAUCAAUUAUAUUCAUUGUUAUCUGGUACACAAGACAAAGAUAUUGAAUUUGAAUAGUUUGUAUUAAAAUAAUUUAACAUCUUUUAAUCAAUUUUAGUUUCAUUACCAAUUCUGUAAUAUAGAUUAGAAUUAUUUAGUUUUGGAAAACAUGAUCCAAGUCAACAACUUUUAGGUUGAUUUGUGUUACCACAAAUAUGUGUGACACUGUAAUGUAUGGAAGUUGGUGUCAUUUAUAAAAAGGAUGUUUGAAAUAAUUACAAACUACUGUAUGAAAUGUAUUUGGUAUUUUUAUAAUUGUGUACUUUAGUAAGCACAAUGAGCAUUUUGAUAAAACUUAUAGUUUUGCUACUACUAUGAACACCAGAUCAUUUCUUCUUCCCCAAAAAUUGUGAAUUGGUAUAAAAUAAGGCUUUUUAUUUUAUGUAAGAGUUUUAUACUGACUUGAGUGACUGAAUAUGUACAUUAUUUUGUUUUGUCAUCAAUAAGAUUAAAUUUAAAUUGGUUCUGAAUAUUUUUGCUUUCACUGGAAUAUUGUAAUUAACAGGUAAGUUUGCAUUAGACAUAACAGUGUUAAACUUAAGGAUAAUUAAAUAAACUAGAUGUCUCA